CCUGCAUCGUCCGUGUCUGGUAGGUAUACACCAUGCCCUGAUCAUGCAAUAAAUAUGGGUAUCAACCCUGCGAGAGAGAAAACCACGUUUUUCUUUCUCUCUCGGUUAUCUCUUCCCCGGCGCCCAUCUACAUAUACAGUACGAGAGUAGUACGUUGUGUUACAAGUGAUACCCUACCACCACGCCAAUAUGGGCUUCCUAUCCAAGCUCAAGGCCCAGGUAACUGGUCCCUCAGAGGUUCGCAGCGGCUCCAGCAUUCCUGGUGCUCAAAAAUCCGACGGUCCACUGGACGCUCCUACGGAUGUCCCUACGGACUCCGACUCUGACGACUUGAGUCUGGAGGAACGCAACGAAAAGGAAGUCCAACGCCAUCCCAAUAGCAUCACCGAAGGUGCCCAGCUGGGUGUCAGGAAGGCCGAAGCCACUGCUCUCGUCUGGCCCAAAUGGGCCGUCUACGCAACCUAUGGUUGGAUCUGGGUCUGCUUCUUCAUGCUGGCCCUACAGCAAGGGACAACCACUCUCUUCAAUGCGGCAGCCUACGCCGACUUCAUCGCCGCACCACAGUUGACGACCGCCAAUAUCUUGUCCACAAUCAUCGGUGGUGUCUUGAAACUUCCCAUCGCCAAGAUUCUCAACAUCUGGGGUCGUGCCGAAGGUUUCUUCCUCUUCGUCUGUGUAUACCUCAUUGGCAUGAUCGUCUUGGCCUCGUCGACCGGACCUAGCGGCUACGCGGCGGGAUACGUUCUCUACUGGAUCGGCUACGACGCUAUCUACCUGAUCCUCGACGUCUUCGUGGCAGACACUUCGGGACUACGCAAUCGAGCCUUUGCUUUUGCCUUUGUCGGCACGCCGUUCAUCUGCACCGCAUUCACCGCACCUUUACUGGGUCAGGCUUUCUUGAACACGACGACCUGGCGAUGGGGCUACGGAGCAUUCUGCAUCAUCAUGUUCUUCGUCUUCAUGCCACUCGUGGUCGUCUUCAAGUACUUUCAACGCAAGGCUGAACGGAUGGGCCUGUUCAAGAACGAAGCUAGCGGCCGGUCUCCAAUCCAGUCCUUUGUGCAUUAUUUCCACGAAUUCGACAUCGUCGGGGCCAUCCUGCUCAUGGCCGCCUUUGUCCUUUUCCUGCUGCCCUUCUCCCUCAACACCAACGGCAAAGCCCAGUACUCGUCGGCCACGUUCAUCGCCAUGAUCGUGGUUGGGGUUCUGCUCUUCCCCGUGUUCGCCAUCUGGGAGAAAUUUUUCGCCCGGGUCCACUUUGUCCGCUGGGAGUUGUUCCGGCAGCGUACGGUGCUCGGGGCGUGUUCCCUGGCGGCCAUCCUUUACUUUUCCUUUUACUGCUGGGACGUUUAUUACUACCAGUUCGUCCUGGUGGUGUACAACCUCUCCUUCUCCGACGCGGGUUACAUGGGCCAGAUCUACAACGUGGGCUCGACUUUCUGGGGGGUCGUGUUCGGAUGCUGGGUCCGCCUCACCAAGCACUUCAAGUACACGUGCCUCUUCUUCGCCCUGCCCCUGAUGUUUUUGGGUGCCGGCUUGAUGAUCCACUUCCGAGGCAACGACCACGGCAUAGGUUACCUGAUCAUGUGUCAGAUCUUCAUCGCGUUCGCGGGAGGCACCCUCGUCAUCGGUGAGGACAUGGCCGUCAUGGCCGCCGCCGAUCGCGACGGCGUUCCCAUGAUGCUGUCCCUGAUCAAUCUCUUCGCCAGCCUGGGUGGUGCCAUCGGGUACGCCGUCGCCGCCGCCAUCUACGACAACGUCUUCCCCCAGUCACUGCUGCGGAGACUACCCGCCGACACCAAAGGAGACUACGAAACUAUUUUCCUGGGCGGAUACACCAAACAGAUGACUUAUGCCGUGGAUUCGCCAACCAGAGACGCCAUCGAUUACGCGUGGGGUGAGACUCAAAGGUACGGUUCGAUCGCCGCCACCGCCAUUUUGGUGCUUGCCAUUCCAGCCAUUGCGGUGUGGAAGAAUUAUAAUGUCGACAAGAAGCAGAACAAAGGUACUGUCAUUUGAACUGGCACUCGACAUGUUUAUUGCUGUCUGUGUCGUAUCGAAAUUGUCAAGUACAUGAGAAUGAUGUCAAUAUCAAUGUUUGUCGCUCGGAUCUUUUGCUAGUGAUAUUCUAGAUGUAAUACCAACGCCGACACUACUUGUAUACUAUACUUCCAGAAGUUUCUCAUGCCAUGUUGAUACUCAUGUCACAGUUGUGGACUUUCCCCCUUGGCUGCGAUCCUCAAGUGCACUGUAUUUAAUUUUUCUCAUUCUCGAAAAAACACUUUCGUAUUAGACACCUCCCUGUCCCCGAAAAACCGCCGGAUAUCGUCAACGAGUAGAUCCGGGGCGUCCAGAGACGCAAAAUGACCCCCUCGAUCAUGGACGGUACGAUACUUGACGUUGCCACCUCUUCGAGCCCACUCCAAAGGCGUACGGUACCACAGAUCGUACGGGAAUUCUGAGAUGGCCACCGGUUGAUGGACGUAGGGUAACAAGUUUAUACCCGUCGGUGAGAUCGCACCGUCCUGUUUUUGGCAGCGAGUCAGUCACACAGAGAAUGAUGACCUGGAGCUGGGGGGAUAAGUUCGAGUACGACAAAACUCACUCACCUUGGCACCGUUCUUGUACAACCCAAAAGCCCCGUAAGGUCCAUUGAUCCAGUGCAUCAUGGUCCAAGUGACGACACGGUCAGGGGUCCAAAUCUUGUCCGGGUCGUCGACUCCGGUUCGGACAGAAUCAUAAAUCCACAUUGCCAACCCGACGGGACUAUCUGUGAGUCCCACCGCCAGACGUAAUGGGCGGGUCUGGUGUAGGUGACCGUAAGCCCAGGAUUGAGUCGUGAAUCGACGGUAAGAUUCGAUCGUGUAUUUUUCGUCACCGUCGUCAUCCAAAUUGCCUUUGCGUCUGCCGUUGUACCGCUCCACGUCAUCGGCUGUAGGAGGAACGACCCAAAAAUUCGACAGACCCGAAACGACACUCUCGGGGAAAUCCACGGCGGCGUAUCGGUUGAUGAAAUCCCCGGCGUCACCUCCCUGGAACACGUACCUGUCGUAACCCAACUUGACCAUCAGGGAGUGGAACGUCGCCCCGGCCUGUCGGUAACCGAAACCGGGAGAGCGUGGGGGCGGGCUGAACCCGUACCCCGGGAUCGAAGGGGCGACGACGUGGAACGCACAGUGGGAAGGGUCCGACGGAUUCGUGAGUUGAUCGACAAUGUCCAAGACUUCGAUGAAAGAACCCGGCCAGCCGUGGACGAAGAGCAGAGGGACGGCGUCGGCCCGUGGGGACCGGUGGUGGACAAAGUGUAGAGGAAUGGGCCCGGGAUAAGGGUGAAGUGAAGUCCGGGCCGUGUGGACCAUGGUGGUGAAUUGCUCGAGGCGUGAGUUGAGAGAGGCCUCGACCGCUCUCCAGUCGUACGACUCACACCAAUGCCGGGCUACGGCCUCGGCCUCACGUCGCGGUGGCCCAUCUUCGUGGUCCGGUUGAUUUUGAUCGUCGACGAACCUCGUCAGGGAGACCUUGAGUUUGGUGAGGCCGAGAAACUCCUCCGAGACGGAUAUGGAAAAUGGGAGGAUCUCUUCGGUGAAGGUGGCCUUGAAGUUGAGGCCGAGGUCGUGCUCGGACAGGGAGAGUUGGGGAGGUGACCGUGAUGGGUCGUGGUGGUGGGGGUGGUUGUCGGCCAUGUUUUCAAAAGUCCAAUACUAUAUCAGUCCAGUGGUACUCCCUAGGCACAUGAUAUAUGGACGGUUCGACAGGUUCUCCCACAGAGAAAAACACAAGGGGAGAAAAAGGGAGUACAAAAGGGGUUGGGGGGCGUGUGGACUUAUAUACACUGUACGAGGACACAGAACGAGUACUAGAUACUACGAGCAUCUGGGUGGGUGGGUACGAGUACUACGAUUGGUACUCGAGUAAGUAGGUAGGUAGUCAUUGUAUGUGGAGUCCACUUUGCAAUACGAGUACAUGAUUCGCUCCACCGACACAACGUCCGUAAGAAAGUCGAAGUGUGAGAAAGAGUGUGCUGUAUGUAGC